AUACGUCGAGGAUCCAAACUUUCCACCGUUGUUGUUCUCUCUCACCUCUAUUUAUAUUUCUCUCCCCCUCACCUCAUUUUCUCGCUCUAAGAUUUCUGCACAAUUACAGCCACACAAAACCAGACUCUCAAACUCAAAGGACCGAGAGGGCUUUCGAAAGUUGACGAGAGAUGAGAGGAGGGGCCGUCGUGGAAAAUGGGUUUACAUGGGAAGAAGAGACCCAUCUCACUGUCCUCAAGACCUCUCGUUUCUUCGCCGGAGAUGGGUUCACCGCCUACGAUUCCAAGGGCGAGCUUGUCUUCCGGGUCGACUCGUACGGGACCGAUAUUAGUGACAGGGGCGAGCUCGUCCUCAUGGACGCUUCUGGUCGCUGCCUCCUCACCGUCCGACGAAAGAGGCCGAGUCUCCACCAACGUUGGGAAGGAUACCUGGGAGAAAGAGCGGACGGUCAGAAACCCAUCUUCAGCGUGCGGAGAUCCUCAAUAAUCGGACGGUCGGACGUGACGGUGGAGUUGUACGGCGGCGGCAGCCCGGGCGAGGAGUACCAGAUCGAAGGGUCGUUCGCCAACCGAUGCUGCACGAUCUACGACGCGGCGAAGGAACUGGGGGCCGAGAUCCGACGCAAAGUGGAUGCCUCGGCCCACGUGGUGCUUGGCAAGGACGUCUUCUCUCUCUGCCUCAAGCCCGGAUUCGACGGUGCCUUUGCCAUGGGGCUUGUUUUGAUUCUUGAUCAGAUCAACGGUGAUGGCGAUGGUGAUGCUGAUGGUGUUGGUGAUGGGUUGCCCAGUGAGGAUUCUCCUUUGUCGUCUUGAUUUUCUUUUAUUUUUUUGGAAAUUGAUUUUUUCAAACUCCUCUUUUAUCCAAAUUUACUCUCUUUUUUCUUGUAGUAAUAUGAAAUUACAUGAUUACCAUUUUCAUGUGUAAAUAAAAAAAAAGGUAUGAAUGGUAGUUUUGUAA